AGCCGUAGCAAUGCAAUACCGAAGCACUCCUCCUCAAUGAAUGUUGGAAAGAUGGCGACGGCAUACGCACAAGCAAGAGUCAACUGUGCCGGCGGAUAGAAAGUGCUCCAAAGAGACAAAAACGUGCCUCUUUUGCAAAGAUUUAACGGUGCAAAGUGGGUCUGAUAUUGUUUAGACAUGGUUUAGUCCAUGCACGGCCGGGAUCAAGACGCCGCUGCUUUGCUAUGGAGCCUCCGGAUCGCAACAAGACCAGCAGGCAGGCGAAGCAAGUGGAAGAUGCAUCCAAACAGAACCCAGAAUUGGAGGACUCGUGGGACUCUCCCAGCGGGGAUGACGAACCUCUGUAUGGGACAACACCUCCUUACACCUCCCGUCAGAUGAAACGCAUGUCUGGGAAACACCACCGACACAGCCAGGCAAAGAGUGCGGGUCGGUCCCCCAACAAAGUGGACCUCGCCCCCCCUGUCCCAAAAGAGAGUCCUAAGCCAGCCGAGGCCCCCGACGAGCACAGCUACAAGCAGGGCAAGAAGCAGAGGGCCACACUACGCUCCACGGAGAGAGACCACAAGAAGACUUAUGAAGGCUCCUUCAUGCUGGAUCCUCUCUCAAAGUCGAGCCCGUUCGGUGCCCUCAACAUGGAUCCCAGGAAGCAUUACUUGAGCUUGGGCUGCAGCAGUUGCAAACUCCCGGUGUCUAUGCCCCACAUUGCCCGGACCCACCGGCAAACCUCACGGACCGACUGUCCCGCUGACCGCCUCAAGUUUUUUGAAACUCUCCGUCUGCUGCUCAAGCUCACAUCUAUGUCCUCUAAGAGGAAGGAGAAGGAGCAGAGAGGCCUGGAGAACAUGGCCUUCAUGGGCCACAACAACGAGGUCAUCUGGCUGGAGCUGCAGGCCUGGCACGCCCGGCGCACCACGGGCGACCAAGACCUUUUUCUAUUCACUGCCCGCCAGGCCAUCCCUGACAUCAUUAACGAGGUCCUGCAAUUUAAAGUCAACUAUGCCAGCCUGAGAGGGGCCCAGUGUUCAGGCUCUCCACCGGUCCAGUUGGACUGUCGGAAUGUCCCAGAUUUAGUCUGCGGAGGGGAGGCGGACCCCGCCGUAGCAGUGGCCAACCACUGCGGCGUAGAUCCCUGGGGCUUCAGCGCCUAUCCCCCGCCAGCGAUGAACGCGGCGGAGCCUUUGGGCUCAGGCGACGACUGCAGGGAGCACCUUCAGCGCCAGCGGCUCGCAUUUGAACAGGUCAAGCGUGUGAUCGAGCUGCUGGAGUCCGUGGAGGCUUUGUACCCCUCGUUGCAGGCCCUGCAGAGGGAAUAUCAAAAGUAUGCGGCACGGGACUUCCAGGGCAGGGUGCAGGCGCUCUGCCUGUGGCUCAACAUCACCCAGGACCUCAACCAGAAGCUGCGCGUCAUGGCUACCGUUCUGGGCCUCCAUGAUCUCUCCCGCAUCGGGUGGCCCGUCUUUGAGAUCCCUUCACCUCGCUGCUCCCGUGGCAAUGAAGAAGAGGAGGAGGAUGAUGAGGAUGAGGAGGAUGACUCGACGGCCACUUUUAUAGCGGAAAGCGAUGGAGAGGACAGGGAGGCUGAGGACUACGAGGAGGAGGAGGAGGUGCAGGAGGCGGACGAAGACGAGGGGGAGGGGGAGAAGAAGGUGGAGGAGGAGGAGGAGGAGGAGGAGGAGGAGGAGGUGGUAAUGGUGGUGGUAUCGGGACGUGUAGCAGAGGGAGAGCUGUCUCCCUCGUUUGCUCCUAAAGUGACCCGGUUGUUGUCGGAAGAGGAGUUUCUCCCAACUGCAGCGGCAGGAAGUGCCGAGGCGAUCGCGGGAGGAGGAGUGUUCUGCCCCACAGCCAUCUACAGGCCCUUUGUGGAUAAAGCUCUGAAACAGAUGGGACUGCGUAAACUGAUCCUCAGACUGCACAAGCUGAUGGACCGCUCUCUGCAGAGGUCCAGAGCAGCGCUGCUCCGCCACACCCCUGAGCUGGAGUUUGCAGACUUCCCAGACCCCAUGCUGUACAGUGAUUACCUGCCAGAGCUUUCCCGCCAUGUGUCCUGCAGUUGUCCGGCUCAUCCGGAGCUCGGAGCGGACCAGGUCUCCUGGGAGGAUUUGCUGGACAUGGACCUCCCAUCCUUUCGGCCAGCGUUCCUCGUGCUCUGCAGAGUCCUUCUCAACGUCAUUCAUGAAUGCCUUAAACUGCGACUUGAACAGAGGCCCGCUGGAGAGCCCUCACUGCUCAGCAUCAAACAGUUGGUGCGUGAGUGUAAGGAGGUUCUGAAGGGUGGACUUCUGAUGAAGCAGUAUUAUCAGUUCAUGCUGCGCGGCGUGGUCACUGAUGCUCAGGGCCUGCAGACAAAUGCCAAUAUCGAUGAGUUUGAAGAGGACCUUCACAAGAUGCUCUUAGUCUACUUUGACUACAUGCAUAGCUGGAUCCAGAUGUUGCAGCAGCUGCCCCAGGCAUCUCACAGCUUAAAGAACCUGUUGGAGGAGGAGUGGAACUUCACCAAGGUCAUCACGCCUUACAUCCGUGGAGGGGAGGCCCAGUCUGGGAAGCUUUUCUGCGAUAUCGCCGGGAUGCUGCUUAAGUCCACGGGAGAGUUUCUUGAUGCCGGCUUGCAAAAGAGUGGUAAUGAAUCCUGGGAGUGUGCAGAUGACAGCACCGCCUCAGAUGAGAUCAGACGGUCCGUCAUCGAAACGAGCCGGUCGCUUAAAGAGCUGUUUCACGAGGCCAGGGAGCGAGCGUCUAAGGCUCUGGGCUUUGCCAAAAUGCUUCGCAAGGACUUAGAAGUUGCUGCAGUUUUCAGUUUCACCAAUGGGGUGACUUGUCUCCUGGAUGCUCUGAAGAAGGGACACUAUGUCAAGGUACAGAUUCCGGGCCUGGAGGAGCUGCAAGUUUUUGUGCCGUGUGGCCUGAUGGACCAGCGGCCUGUCAUCCUGCAGCUUCUCAAUGCCGCCGUGGGGAAAGACUGCUCCAAAGAGCCCGACGAAAUUGCAGAGGACGACGCCUACCUGCUCAUGAGUAAACACGGAGCAGGCGUCUCCGCUACGGAUUCUGACUGGGCUCAGUGGGACGGAGAGCUGAUCAAACUGGUCCCGCAGAUGGAAACUGUGGACACCUUAAGAGCCAUGAAGGUGGAGAACAUGCUCUUGAUAGUGAUGCAGUCGGCGCAUCUGGUGGCCCAGCGAAAGGCCUUUCAGCAAUCCAUGGAGGAUGUCCUCACCCUUAGCCGGGAGCAAACGUCGAGUCAGCCUCUCAUCGCCAGUGCUCUGGAGGAGCUCAAGGAUGAGGCGCUACAACUGUGCAUUAAGAUCAGCACCUCCAUCGACCGAGUGGAGUACAUGUUCACCACGGAGUUUGAGGCCGAGGUGGAGGAGUCGGAGUCUGCGACUCUGCAUCAGUACUACAGAGAGGCCAUGAUACAGGGCUACAAUUUUGCCUUUGAGUACCACAAGGAGGUUGUGCGCCUCAUGUCAGGGGAGUUCAGGCAGAGGAUUGGGGAUCGCUACAUAACGUUUGCCCGCAAAUGGAUGACCUAUGUCUUGACCAAAUGUGAGAGUGGCAGGGGUACCAAGCCCAGGUGGGCGACGCAGGGCUUUGAUUUUCUGCAGGCUAUCGAACCUGCCUUCAUAUCAGCAUUGCCAGAGGACGACUUCCUGAAUUUACAAGCCUUGAUGAAUGAAUGUAUUGGACAUGUGAUUGGAAAACCGCAUAGCCCAGUCACUGGCCUGUACAUCGCUCCCAGGAAUAGUCCUCGUCCCGUAAAGGUCCCUCGCUGCCACAGCGACCCACCAAACCCCAAUCUGUUUAUCCCUAAUAAUGAAGGUUUCAGCUCUCGGAGUCUCCCCUGCGACCUCCGGAACCAGCUGUUCCCCAACGGCCCCCGCCCCGUCCCUCAGGGUCCGGGGGAACACGGCCACGCCAAAGCACCCAGCAGCAGCCCCAAUGACGUCAGGGGAUCCAGUUACCAUGAAAACGACCGCCUGUCGUCUGUCGCAGCAGAGUUGCAUUUCAAAUCUCUGAGUCGGCACUCCAGCCCCACAGAGGACAAAGAAGAGCCAUCCUAUCCCAAGGGAGACGCCAACAGCACCGCUCGUCGAAGCUGGGAGCUCCGCACCUUCAUCAGCCAGUCCAAGGACACUGCGGCGCGGCAAAGCCCCAUGGAGGCUGUCCGCCGCUCCAUCCGCAAGUUUGAGGACAAGCGGUACGCUGUGAUGAAGCAGCGCAACAUCAUAGGCCAAGUGUGCCACACACCAAAGUCCUACGACAAUGUCAUGCACGUUGGGCUCAGAAAGGUGACCUUCAAGUGGCAGAGGGGCAACAAGAUAGGCGAGGGCCAAUAUGGAAAGGUGUACACCUGCAUCAACGUGGACACUGGUGAACUAAUGGCUAUGAAGGAGAUCCGAUUUCAGCCAAACGAUCACAAAACAAUCAAAGAGACUGCGGAUGAGCUGAAAAUUUUUGAAGGCAUUAAACAUCCCAACUUGGUGCGGUACUUUGGAGUCGAGCUCCAUCGGGAGGAGAUGUACAUCUUCAUGGAGUACUGUGACGAGGGCACUCUGGAGGAGGUGUCCCGCCUAGGGCUGCAGGAGCAUGUCAUCAGGCUCUAUAGCAAACAAAUCACUACAGCCAUCAACGUCCUCCAUGAACACGGCAUAGUCCACCGUGACAUCAAGGGAGCCAACAUCUUUUUGACAUCAUCAGGCCUGAUUAAGCUCGGCGACUUUGGCUGUUCAGUCAAGUUGAGGAACAACACUCACACCAUGCCAGGGGAGGUGAACAGCACACUGGGAACUGCGGCGUACAUGGCCCCCGAAGUCAUCACCAGAGCAAAGGGUGAAGGUCAUGGACGAGCAGCGGACAUCUGGAGUUUGGGUUGCGUUCUCAUUGAGAUGGUGACUGGAAAGAGGCCCUGGCACGAGUAUGAGCACAACUUCCAGAUCAUGUACAAAGUGGGCAUGGGCCACAAACCCCCCAUCCCGGAGAAGCUGAGCACAGAAGGGAAGGACUUCCUCGGUCACUGUCUGGAGAGCGAACCCAAGCGCCGCUGGACAGCCAGCAUGCUACUAGACCACCCGUUCGUCAAGGUUUGUACGGAUGAAGAGUGAACAGACGUUCUCUGCGACUUUUACGUUUACAAAUGAAAGCACUACUGUACAUGCUGUUGGACAAAGGAAAAAAGAACUAUGGAUGCCGACGAGAGAAGGUUACGGCUGAAGGCACAUGGAGUUAAACUGAGGAACCAUUUCAGAGGACGACUGGACCUGUGGAGUUUAGGCUUGUCUUUAUGUAUCCAUGGACUGGAGGAGGAGGAGGAAGGGUGGGACUGUACAUAUUGUAAGAAUAGGAUUGGCUUUAAUUCUUGUAUAAACCAUAUUGUAAAGUUAAAGUAACUAUUACCACAUUCGUUGUCCUCACUGGUGAAGCAAUACUUCUCAAAAAGCAUUGUGGGUGUAUACUUUGGUAUACUUUUUUUUUUUUUUUUUAAACAAAUGUGGGGAGACGAUAUCUAUGGCACUUUUAAACUGUUUACCCAAGGGACUGUUGAGUAGUGGAGGGAGGCUGAACAAGGUGUGGGAAGUCUCACUGAACCGAAAGAGAGGCUGGUCCACCUUUUAUGAAAUGAACACCACAAAAUAAAUCCCUUGUCAUCUGGCAAGCGCAGGCACUAGGAAGGACUUUUCUUACGUCUUUUUUUUUUCUUUGCCUCUGCUGAGAAGUCAAUGUCGAGUUGGAGCGAUGUUCAAGUCUGCUGGUCGCCGUUAGAGGGCUGUUCACGUGACUGGAGCGCAGCCAACUAAGGAGAAACGGGCCGGCGCUCCCUCCCUGCUGCUGCACACAAAAAACACACCCACAUAACCAAACACUGACGCACACACACACACACACCACAACGUCUGGUCCUCUGCUGCUCUGUCAGUGUUUGCUAUGUACAAACAAUAUUAAUAAACCAAUCUUUUUCUUUUUUAAUGAAA